GCAUUGGGACGGGGGUAAUCUCGGCGUCCGGCUCGACGGCCUCGCCCUCUCCCUCUCCCUCCGCACUUCCGCAGUAUCCUUGUCCCCACCGCCGCAAAACCCUCGCAUACCUGAAGAAACCCUAGAGAAGAGAUGGCCCCAGGCGGCGAGGGCAAGGGGAACCCGGGCGGCGGCGGCGGAGCUGGCGCCAAGGGUGGUGGGAGGAAGCGCAAGUUCCUCCCCCACGGGAAGCCGGUGCGGAAGGGGGCCUACCCGCUCCGCCCCGGCGUGCAGGGCUUCUUCAUCACCUGCGACGGCGGCCGCGAGCGCCAGGCCACCCGCGAGGCCCUGUCGCUCCUGGACUCCUUCUAUGAAGACCUGGUGGGUGGGAAAGGAUCGGAUGAGAAACCCAAAGGCAUUCCUGACAAGCCACUGAACAAAAAGAUAAAGUUUGAGGACUCUGAUUCCUCAGAUGAUGAGGAUGAAGACAAUUCAGUUGAUGAAGCUGACAAUGGGAAUGGGAAUGAUGUGGAGAAAGGUGAAAAUGCUCCAGCCAAUCAGGAACAGGAGGUACUUAACACCUCUAUUCCUGCCAGUAAGGAUGUUGAGGAACAAGCAGGCACCACUGAAGAACCAAAAGAAAAGAAGCAACGUGUGGAAGACCCUCCAGUUUCUGAACAGACAGAACAAAAGGAGACUGCUGAUGAACCAAAGGAGUCCACUGAUAAACCAAAAGAGUCCACUGAUAAACCAAAAGAGUCCAGUGAAAGAAACAUUGAUGAUUUAAUUGACGAAGACUUGAAAGGACUGGGAGACAGGAAAAAGAGGCUCUUUGCAAGCCUUGACUCAGGCUGCAAUGGUUGCAUAUUCAUUCAAAUGCAUAAAAGAGCAGGAGACCCUGGUCCAGUUGAGAUUGUACAAAACAUGAUGUCAUCGGCUGCUUCAACUCAUAUACAUAUGUCAAGAUUUAUUCUACGAGUUUUGCCUGCUGAGGUGGCAUGCUAUGCAUCUGAAGAGGAAAUAACAAAAGCAAUUAGUCCCCUUGUUGAAAAGUACUUCCCAAAAGAAUGCCCUUCGGUACAUAAGUUUGCAGUGUUAUAUGAAGCAAGGUCAAACACAGGAAUUGAUAGAAUGAAAAUUAUAAAUGCAGUAGCGAAAUCUGUACCACAACCUCACAAAGUUGACCUGAAAAAUCCAGACAAAACUAUUAUUGUCCAGAUUGCGAAGACCAUAUGCAUGAUUGGAGUUGUCGAAAGAUACAAAGAGCUCUCAAAGUUCAACCUGAGGCAGCUGACCUCAUCAGAGUCAGAGAAGUAGCCUUCGGGUGGCAAAAUCUUCCAGGCAACAUCUGGACCAACUUUAAAUCAUCUGCAGCAUCAGAUGGCUAAUUAAGCUACCAACAGAUUCAGAUGUACUAUCUUGUUGAAGCCCUGCGAGGUCAUUGAAAAGCCACCCUGGAAUCUUCAAUGCUUCACAGCGCAACAACCUUAGUCAGUAGAGAUCUAGAGUUGUACGAUGGUGGGUUGCGACCACAGGUGGUUAGUAGUUGCUGGUUGAUUAUCUUUGUGCUUCCCUGAUUCGAGUUCUGAGAUUUUUAAGGCAAUAGAAAGAGCUGACGAUCUUUAUAUGUGAUUUCUUUCUGACGAUACGAUGGUCCACCCAGGCUCGCCAAAGAUGUAAUCUAUCUUUGCUUCUUCUUUUUCUGAACUUUUAUAUAGGUUGAAUAAGUCUUUGUGCAAGGCUGUAUACGUGGAACCUGGAAUUUAAAAAGGUGAGAAGCGAAAAUGAUUUUUCUCGUGGAA